AUGCAUCCUUUCUCCUGCAUUGUUGUCCUUUCGUUUCUCUUUGGAACAACUGUGACAAAAGAACGCAAUAUGUUCCAGUUUGGUCAAUGUGAACUGAGCGGAGUAUCUUUCCAAGAACUAAGGGACCAUUUUGGUGAAAUCAAAGAAACUGUUCAAACCCAGGAUAACAGGACCGAUGUAAUAUUGCUGAAGGAAAGUGUCCUGCUACAAACUUCAGUUUCAGAAAGCUGCUGUUUACUCCGCCACCUGCUGCGAUUUUACAUUGAAAGUGUUUUCAAGCACUAUGAAGCAACAAGCAACUUGCUUAGAAGGAAAACCAGCACCUUAGCAAACACCUUCCUCAGCAUUAAGGCAUCUCUGAGACAGUGUCUUGAUAGGAAUAUAGCAGCAAUCAAAGCUGUGGGAGAGAUGGACAUUUUGUUUGCCUGGAUGAGAGACAUUAACAAUUAG